AUGUUCGGUGAGUCAGCUGGUUCUAUUCCGUUUCGGCUGCCCAGCCAUCUAGCCGAGCACUUUCAGAUAAAUGCGUUUUCGAUAUUUUACUCGCAAUUUUCAUAUUCGCGUCAACGGCAUUUUGCGGGAAAAACAGGGAUACGGUGAGGAUUCCGAACAAGAAAUCGAAUGGCAAAUGGGAGAAACGGAUGGACGAGAUGGCGCCGAAAGUGGUGGGAAAUCAGCCGACGAGAGAGGACGAGGGCGGAGAGACGCAGUCGUCCAGCGAUGAGCACCAAAAAAAGACAGAGGAGCACAGUCAGAAAACUCGUGAGUUCGGAAGGAAGAGGAAGAAGAAAAAGAAGAUUAUUAUUGUUUUUCCAAUUUGCAGAGCGCUCGGAGAAAAGUAGCAAAGAGAGAAGUCUGAAAUCGAGUGCAAAUCGGCGGACAGCGGUUGCAAUUAAGAGAAAAGACGCAGAAGACUCGGCGCGGAAGAGGCGGAAUCGAUCGGUGACCGAGAGCUCCGACGAAUCGGAUGAGAAGAGGUCGGAGAUGUCGAUUCGGAAGAAAAGAGGGAGGAAGAUCGAGAAGAGCGUGUCAACGACGAUGACUGAAGAGGAGGAGGAGAAGAGCGCCGAUUAG